CCGUGCCUAGCUGCGGGGCUGGGACAUUCCUGGUUUGACGAGCAGCCUGGUCGCUGCCAUGAUUUGCUGAGCAACUCGACACUGACUGCCUUCAAAGAUGCGUGUGUGGAAGAGGCAGCAGUAGAGACGGGGAGCUUUAGAAGUUGCACUUAACGGGACAGGAACAAGCGGUUUCGGCCCGAAAAACUCAGGUCCAGAACCAGACUGGGGGAAGUUGGCGCACCUUGGCCGCCGAAGCCAAUCGCUGCUUUACGGGUCUUAAAGAAAAACAAAACUUUCCACCUCCGAGAGUUCUCAUGUUCCUCCCGUCACCGCGCACUUUGAGCCCGUUUCUAAUGGAGGGCCCCGCACGGAUUUGGGAUCAGAAUAAUGCGUUUUGCCGCUGCUGAGGGACCCGACGCGUCGCAGCUUUCGCCCUCCUGGAAGAGAGGUUUUCUAAGCGGGAGAGGACGCGCGCUCCAGGCAACACGGCCGCUGGCUGGGGUCAAAGGCCGCCAUGGACAGUGGCCUAAGGGUCCUCCUGUCCACUGUGCUGUGGCUCAGCCAGAUUAUCAGCUGCUCAACUCAGUAUCCGUCUCUCCGCUCUGAGCCAACCUCUGUGGUCCAGAGUCCAGGUUCUGCGGUCCAUCUGCAGUGCUCAGCGAGCCCUCCGUCGGCGGCGGUUUCCUGGCGCUUCCGAGGCCGUCCCCUGGACCGGGACGCGCUGCCUGGGGUGGAGCUUGGCCGCGGCUCCCUGGUCAUCUCCAGCCUCACGCCCGACUAUGCCGGCGUCUAUCAGUGUGUGGCGCGCUCGGGCCGCGGGCCGGCCGUCGCCAGCCGCCUCGCCCGGGUGGCUCUAGCAGAAAUAUCAGAAUAUGAAGCCGGGCGACGGCGAGCGGUGUCGGCGCAGGAAGGCGGCACGGCGGUCAUAGAGUGUCCGCUGCCGCGCAGCGCUCCGCCGGCUCGGCCCAAACUGAGAGUCAGAGGCGACUGGAUCGAAGAGUCAAGAGAUAACUAUUUAUUGCUUCCAUCCGGCAACCUGCAGAUUGUCUCGGUGUCGGCCCAGCACCAGGGCAUGUACAAGUGCGGCGCCGUGAACCCUGUUACCGGGGAAACCGUUGUUCAGUCCCACGGCGUCAAGCUGCUAGUCAAACGAUCCUCUUCCUCCUCCUCGGUUCGGAUAGUUUAUCCCACCGCUCCGGUGUCGGUUUCGAUGCUGCAUUCGGAGCCGCUGACGUUGGAGUGCGUCGUCACCGGGAGUCCUGCGCCUGCAGCCACGUGGUUUAAGAACGGUCAGGAGGUCCGGGCAUCCGGGCCUUCGCACCAGAGACGAAGCAACAACCUGGAGUUCAGCCGGCUGACGAGGAGCGAUGAAGGGCUCUACAGCUGCAGGGUCGAGACCGAGCGGGGCGCCGCGAUCGGACCCGACUACACUGUAAACGUCCUCGAGCCCGCCUCCAUCAUCGACGGUCCGGGUGACCAGCUUGUUCCACUGGGCUCUUCUGCUCGUUUCACCUGCUCAGCGAGAGGAAACCCGUCCCCGAACGUCACCUGGUUGUUCAACGCCGAGCCUGUCGCUCCAUCUCUACGCCUACAAAUCUCUGGGUCCUCGCUCGUGGUGUCAGACGCGACGCUGCAGGACGAAGGCGUGUACCAGUGUCUGCUGGACAACGGCAUCGGCUCGGCGCAGGCGCAUGGGAUCCUCACGAUACAGCCAGAUCCACAGUUGGGAUCCACUGCCGUUCUGCUGCCCCAGGCUUCACCGUCGUUUCAUCCAAUUCAAAGCGACGAGAGCUUCCUGACCGAAGACGACGACCCGUUUAACGCGCCGGCUGACCGGAGCGGCGACCGGCCCACUCCGGAGGCGCCGAUCAUCAUCAGCCCGCCGCAGACGCACAAACCGGACGUUUACGACCUGGAGUGGAGAGCGGGCCGAGACGGAGGCAGUCCCAUCAGCGCUUACUUUGUUAAAUACCGCAAGGUUGACGACAUGGGAGCAGUGGUGGGAAGCUGGCAGACGGUCCGAGUCCCCGGCAGCGAAAAAACCCUGCGGCUGUCGGAGCUGGAGCCCUCCAGCCUCUACGAGGUCCUGAUGGUGGCUCGGAGCGCAGCGGGCGAGGGUCAGCCGGCCAUGCUCACGUUCCGCACCGGAAAAGAAAAGACCAUCUCCCCCAGUAAUAAGAAUCCUUCCAAGCCUUCCAGCAUCCCAAUUCCACCCAAGGUUCCAGAGGACCGACCCACGAAGACCAACUAUGGCGUCGUCCUCCAUGACAGACUCCCAGAAGCUCCGGACCGUCCAACCAUCUCCAUGGCAACCGACAGUUCGGUCUACGUGGCAUGGAUCCCUCGAGCCAACGGCGGCUCCCCGGUCACAGCGUUUCGAGUGGAGUACAGGCGCGGCCGCAGCGCGGAGUGGAUCGUGGCGGCGGAUAACAUCUCACCUCUGAAGCUGUCGGUGGAAAUCCGCAAUCUGGAGCCUGGGUCCACCUACAAGUUUCGGGUCCUGGCUUCGAACACGUACGGCGACAGCCUGCCCAGCACUCCCUCCAAGCCGUACCAGGUCCCCAACGCCAGCCCCCGCAAGGCCGACCGGCCCGUGGUCGGACCGCACAUCCUGGCCACGGAUGCCAUCAGCGACACGCAGAUCAUGCUGCGCUGGACCUACGACCCCUCGAGUAACAACAACACUCCGAUCCAAGGCUUCUACAUCUACUACCGACCCACGGACAGCGACAAUGACAGCGACUACAAAAGAGACGUGGUGGAAGGUGUGAAAACCUGGCACAUGAUUGGCCACCUGCAGGCAGAGACGUCCUAUGACAUCAAAAUGCAGUGCUUCAACGGCGGUGGGGAGAGCGACUACAGCAACGUGAUGAUCUGUGAGACCAGAGCUCGUCAGUCUCCGGAUUCGCCCAGUCAGCACCCCUUCACCCCGCCCGGCCCGCACCCUACGGACCCCCAGACGUCGCCCGGCAGUCUGCUGUACUUGAUCGUCGGCUGCAUGCUAGGAGUGAUGUUGCUCAUCCUGCUGUCCUUCAUCGCUAUGUGUCUGUGGAGGAACCGGCAGCAGAACAACAUGCACAAGUAUGACCCUCCUGGCUACCUGUACCAGCCGGCGGACCUGAACGGCCACGUGCUCGAGUACACCACGCUGACGGCGGGCGGCGGGCGCGUGAACGGAGGCGUUCACGGCGGCUACGGCGGCCAGAUGUUGCCUCAGGGCUGCCAUCACCUCCACCACAAACUCCCCAACGGCUUGGCGUUGCUCAACGGCUCCAGCGGCUUCGUCCCGCACGGCCACGACGGCACCCUGCCCCACAGCACCCACGAGUGUGAGCACCCGCACCUCCACCACCACCUGAACGGUGGGAGUUUGUACACGGCUCUUCCUCAGAAAGAGACAUCGGAGUGUAUGAGCUGCCAGAACCUCUGCAACAACAACAGAUGCUACAAUAAAACCAACGGCGCUGCGCCGCUGAUGCACCGCGUGGCGCCGUGCCACCAGGACGGGCUGGAGAUGGUUCCGCUGGGCCAGGUUUCCCCGCAGUGCCGCGGGUCCGACCCCGGCGCUGGCUUCCAGCCGCCGGACGGGAACAGAGGGUCCUCGCCUUCCCAGCAUUCCUGCUGUCUGAUCCGGAACACUGAAAACUCUCCGGGGGACAGCACCGCGGAGGACGAGCCGGAGGACAGCGUGGAGACGGAGGACCAGGUGGUGUCCUCCUGGGACGGGCUGGGCCUGCCGGACCUGGACUGCGAUGAGAAGCCCGGCUGGAUCUCCAGCAGCAGGCUGGUGGGAGAGCUGAUCCCGGCCGGCCCGCAGGAGGCCUGA